GGGAAUCUGGAAUCAACGAUAGUGAUGUUUCUGCACUUGCCACGCUACAAAAGUUCGUCCCUGCCUUCCUGUCAGGUCUCACGCUAAGGUCAGGUUGUGUGAAAGUAGCACUGAGGAGAAGCUCCGAUUGGAAUCGCAAAGGCCUUCUCAUGUGUGACUCAAAAUGACAAGGCAACGUUGCAAUUUGCGCAUGUUUUUGAGAGGGGCAAGGCCGAGAAAGAGAGAGCGCCAGAGAUCUUGAUCGAGCUUCCAGGAGAGGAUAUGUACCAGGGAAUCAUGACCACCAACCACGGACAUCCAUCUUACGAGGCCGGCUUCCUCCACAACAGCUCGUCGGCCACGUCGCCGGUUUACGUGCCGACCACCCGGGUGGUCACGCAGAUGAUUCCCGGCCUGCCCUACCUCCAGUCACCCGGCGCGUCGCAGCCGGGCACGCCGGCGUCCAGCCACUCCGGCUGGGCUCAACCGGGCGUCGAGUCCUCGUACAACCACUCGUCGGUGUCACCGCGGUUCAGCUUCUCCGCGAGCCCGCCUCUCUCCUCCGUCGGGGCGAAGGACCAAGCGGCGGCGGCGGCGGCGGCUGCUGCCGCGGCGGCGGCCGCCUCCUCGUACGGUAGCACGCUGAGCAUCUCUGCUAACGGGCGAGAGCACUACGGCGCCCGGGGGCUCGGCGGCUCCUACCACAGCCCUUACCCGGCGUAUAUGAGCACCAACGUGGGCGGAACGUGGUCUGCGUCGCCCUUCGAGAGUCCGGUGCUUCACGGCCUCCAGGCAGGUGCUCCAACUGGCGGGACGCGACAUCCGAAUAUAGACCUUUUUGAUGACUUCGCAGAGGGCCGAGAGUGCGUCAACUGUGGGGCCAUGUCCACGCCGCUGUGGAGGCGGGACGGCACGGGCCACUACCUGUGCAAUGCCUGCGGGCUUUACCACAAGAUGAAUGGCAUCAACAGACCUCUAAUCAAGCCCCAAAGGCGACUAUCGGCCUCCCGGAGGGUGGGCCUGUCCUGCACCAACUGUCACACCACCACCACAACCCUGUGGCGACGAAAUGCUGAGGGGGAGCCCGUGUGCAACGCCUGCGGCCUCUACAUGAAACUGCAUGGGGUCCCGCGGCCUCUCGCCAUGAAAAAAGAGGGCAUCCAGACCCGCAAGCGCAAACCCAAGAACCUGAACAAGAGCCAAACUGGGCCUCUAAACAACGAGGGGACUCCGAUGACACCAAGCAGCACUCCCCGGGGCCCCGCCUCCUCUUCCUCUUCCUCCUCCUCCUCUUUGGGCACAUCCUCCAUGUCCGAGGAGACCCGGCAGAUAAAGACAGAACCGGACACUCUCAAUUUAUACGCACACAACGGCACACACACGCAGAUCUCAGCUCUGCCCGCCUACAUGACGGCUCAAGGCGGGACCCUCGCUCUGAAGAUGUCCCCUGGGGGCCACGGAGGCUCUUCGGGCUCAAAAGCCGAGCCAUGGAACAACCUCAUCCUAGCUUAGAAAGAAAAAUGGGCGUGGACUGAAAGAGGCGGAGCGUCAAAGACCAGCACUGUGACAAGGUUCUUCCAAGUGAGGAGGGUUUUGAUUUGAGAACGGCGUUUUGACAGUUGAUGGAAACACAAGGCUUCAUGUCCAAUUCAGUCGGUGACGCAAUAAACAGGUCAGAGUUAAAUUUCCAGGUCAGUAUUGACGCAUCUGCUCAAUCAACGUCGCACAUGCCGAAUGUCAUACGUUGAAAAGUUGCAACAUUUCAGGGUAACUUUGGAAUUUUUAGUCACAGGAUAUAUUACCUUCAAACCUUUUAAAAUGAGAGCAUUU